AAGUGACUUGCGGUGAAACAUUCCUGCAGUCAUCAAGUCUCCCAUCGGUAUCACGAGCUGUUUUGAGACUGGCGAUGGCAGUACUAUCAUAAUCGUCCUACGUGAUACUGGCUAUGGUGGAGAUACAAACAUUGAUGUUCACGCUAUACAAGGCCGUGGCAAGCUACUGGCGAGAGGGAACCCAUAAUCGUCUGUUGGGACGACUGGUUCUCCACAAUAUAAUUUACAUGACCUGCGGACUCAUCUUCUCACUCACAACCAUAUUAACGACAGCGCUUGUAAAGGAAUAUUAUGGUUUCAUGAUUGUGAAGUUUGUACGCAUCUGGCAAGUAACUAUUCAUGCCUUUCUUGUGACAAGGAUGUCUCGUGGACUCUGGAGAGUAGACAAGCAGCGUGCUUUAUUAGAAUCCUUACAUACCUUUUCACCUGAAACGUUACCUCGGGCGUGAAAUUCUGCCUUUCACCCUUUUCUCUUCGUCCUUUUCGAGAAAUGAAAUGACAUGUCCAUCACCCGUCACGACUACAUGCUGUGGUAUCCAUUGAAACAGUGGC